CAGGCACUUCUUUCCAGAAGGCAGAGAGCAAUGCUCAGUCUACUGACAGGCGAGCCAGCAGACCGACAAGUCAGGACUCAUUCUGAUAGCACUAACAGACGGUAACACCACCAGUGGGUCUUCUGAAGCCCACUUUCACUCUCCUGGGUGUGAUUGCUCCUGAAUGCACAGUCAACCUCAUCUACUGCUGGCAUUGAAGACCUUCAGAUGCACUCAACCACAGGCUUACUUCUCAAUCCUGCAUCUGUCUCAACACCCACACCAAAGCUGUACCCGCAGGAAGAGGAUACACAUGUGUUAUUGACAGAGCUACAGGUGGUUUGAGUUUGAUCCUCUGGUGGACUGAGAGGGUUUUUUCCUGUGUGGUGAGCUGUGGCGUCUUUGGAGCCAGUAUGUUGCCUAUUGUUGUGGCAUGUUUGGUAUUCAUCCUGCUGGGCUCAGGGCAGGCUCAAGUUGCCACACUGACUCAGGGGCAGAGCCAGAGUCGGGGCCAGGGGCAGGACAGCUCUGCCACUCCAUGGAGGCAGGUGAUUCAGUGGGAGAACAAUGGCCGGGUGUUUAGCCUGCUGAAUAGUGGAGCUGAAUAUGUCCCUGCUGGGGCGGGGGCCCAGGACAGAGGUCCCAGGGUGGUUGUGGCAGAUUCUCGUCCACGCUCUUCAGGCAGACCUCAGGGAGGCAAUGUACGCCGACAGGCUCCAUCAAGAGGAUCCUCUGAGACUGUCCGUGGGCAGGCAAGGCAUCCUUUUGGCUUCGGGCAAGUGCCUGAUAAUUGGAGACAAACCGCAGGCAGCACUGGUGGUAGCCAGUUCCAGGGAUCCUCUAGCACUCGCUUCAGACCAUCCAUAGGCUCUUCAUCUUCAUCAUCAUCUUCUUCAUCAUCAUCUUUCUCUUCAUCCACUUAUAACUUACCAUCCUACCCACAGUACCCAAUUCCUCAACAGCCUCCCUUCCAACCAGUACCUUAUGACCCUGGUUUUGUGGAGGGACCAGUCAGGAGCUAUGAACCUCCCUUUCAGCCUGUUGUCGGUGGAGGCUAUGGUGGUGGAGGGUACACUGCUGGCCGGGCUCACACUGGAGGAGGUUAUGGAGUUGGUCUGGCCCCAGUGCUCCCAGGCUCUCCCCCUGAUUUUACUGAUGAUGGCUACCAUUACUACCAGUCUUACAGCUAUGGGCCCAAUCCUGCGGUGCCUGCACGUGCUGCCCAACCAUCAUUAACAGAUGGUCUGGACCACAGAUACACCCACAGUCUCUACAAUGAGGACACUGCACCUGCCGUACCUGCCCCUGAUGCCAACCAGGCCACACCCAUGAUAGUGGACAGGACAGGAUCAGCCGGUCAACCACAGAUCAGGAGCCCUCAGUAUGAGCAGUUUCCUCCUUUUGGAAGACCCCAGCCUCCUUUCCUGCAGCCCAUUCCUCCAGGCAGAAAUUCUCCAAACUCGGCCCUUGAGAACCCCAGUAUGAACGUUGGAAGCGUGUACCGACCAGAACAGAGAGGUUUGCCUGACCUGGUUCCUGAUCCCAAUUAUGUCCAGGCUUCCACAUACAUCCAAAGAGCCCACAUGUAUUCCCUCCGAUGUGCUGCAGAGGAAAAAUGUCUGUCAAGCUCUGCCUAUAGCCCUGAGACCACCGACUAUGAUGUCAGGGUCCUUCUGCGAUUCCCACAAAGGGUGAAGAACAAGGGUACUGCCGACUUCAUGCCUAACAGGCCACGUCAUACCUGGGAAUGGCAUAGCUGUCAUCAGCACUACCACAGUAUGGAUGAGUUCAGCCAUUAUGAUUUGCUGGAGGUCAGCACUGGCCGUAAAGUAGCAGAGGGUCACAAGGCUAGCUUCUGUCUGGAGGACACCACCUGUGACUUUGGUCACCUGAAGCGCUAUGCCUGCACUGCUCACACUCAGGGUCUGAGCCCGGGCUGCUAUGAUACAUACAAUGCUGAUAUUGACUGCCAGUGGAUCGACAUCACGGAAAUCCAACCUGGAAACUACAUACUAAAGCUCCAGGUUAAUCCCAAAUUCUUGGUGCUGGAAUCAGACUUCACAAACAAUGUGGUCAGGUGUAACAUUCACUAUACAGGACGUUUUGUUACUACGUCCAACUGCAAGAUAGCGCAGUCUUGAACAGGCACUGGAAGGCUGCCACACUAGAGUGACCCUGAUUGCUAUUCCAUUGAAAUGUGAAUGGAAUCCAUUUGUUGUUGGUUCAUUGUUGAUGUUGUUUGUCUCUACUGUUUUGUGCUGUUUUGGUAUCCUGGACCCAUGGCAAACAAGGACUCCACUGGCACUGAUAAGAAUGUAAGGGUUUGAAAGUAGACACACACACACCUUUGCAUAAUGCGUAUUGCACAUUGAUAUGCCAAUAAUGAACCAAUAGUUCAGAUCCCUUCAGUCUACGUUAUAAUAUUGUCCAACCAACUAUAUUUCUAAUAUUGCAACUCUAUCAGUCUGGUUUGGUUACCUGCUUGGACAUGUCACUCAAAAGAGGUGUUUACUGUAUCUGCACACAAAUAUCUGUGCACACCCACCAUAGAGUUGCUUUGUUUUAAUUAUAAAUAAAGCGUGAAGUGGUGCCGGUGCGGAAAUGAGUGGGUCCAGACAAGUCGGGGUUCAGCAGUUAUCCAACAAAUAAAAUUAGGGGACAAAGUCUUCCCAAGUGCAUUCAUCCAGCGACUCAGAAGAACUAUAAUGGUUAGGGGUUUUUUUGUUUUGUUUUGUUGUUGUUGUUGUCGUUGUUUUUGUUUUGGUUUGGUUUGGUUUGGUUUGG